UUUUGACUUUUCUUUCUACAUUUCUACCUUCUUUCUUCACCUUCUCGUCUUUCUCUCCAUAAUCAUCAGUGACCUUCUUCAUCUCCAUUUCUUCGGGGGGGUCAUUUCCCUUACCAGAAAAGAAAAACCCAAAAAAUUCGGAAACCCCAGAAAAUCCCUUAAGUUUUCACCCAAAAAAACAAAACAAAAAAAAUCCCCUCAUAAAACCUCAAUUUCAACAAUGGCGACACCAGAAAUGGCGGGAAUUCAACCAACAUCAACAGAUCCAGAAGGGAUUGACGGAGUUAGAAUGACAUGGAAUUCAUGGCCUCGUACAAAAGUUGAAGCUUCAAAAUGUGUGAUCCCAAUUUCUGCUUCAAUUUCUCCGAUCCGAUCACACCCAGAAAUAUUAACUCUUCCUUAUGCUCCUCUUCGUUGUAAGACUUGCGUUGCUGCCCUGAAUCCAUUUUGUCGUGUCGAUUUCACUGCAAGGAUCUGGAUCUGUCCUUUUUGUUUUCAACGCAAUCAUUUUCCUCCUCAUUAUUCCGGGAUUUCGGAAACUAAUCUACCUGCAGAGUUAUAUCCCCAAUAUACUACCCUAGCGUAUUCGCUUUCUGGGUCGAAUCAAGACCCACAACAUCAGCAACAAAAUGUGGCUCCAGUAUUUUUGUUUGUUCUUGAUACUUGUAUGAUCGAAGAGGAAUUAGGGUUCGUGAAAUCAGCGUUGCGAAGGGCAAUUGUUUCGUUACCUGAUAAUGCCCUUGUUGGGUUUAUUUCGUUUGGUACUCAGGUGCAUGUUCAUGAAUUAGGGUUCUCUGAGAUGAAUAAAGUGUAUAUCUUUAGGGGUUCUAAGGAGAUUUCUAAGGAUCAGGUGUUGGAUCAGCUUGGAUUGGGCCUUAGUUCUCGUAGAGGUGGCCCUGGCCCUGUCGGGACUGCGCCUGGAUACCUUAAACCUGUUGUGCAAAAUGGGUUGCCUGGUUCUGGGGUUAAUCGGUUCUUAUUGCCGGCUUCAGAGUGCGAGUAUUCUCUCAAUGCUUUAUUGGAUGAACUACAAACAGACCAAUGGCCUGUUCAACCUGGAAGUAGAGCCUUGCGAUGCACUGGUGUGGCAUUGAGUGUGGCUGCAGGGUUGCUUGGUGCUUGUCUGCCCGGAACUGGUGCCCGGAUUAUUGCUUUGGUGGGUGGCCCUUGCACAGAAGGACCUGGAACGAUUGUUUCCAAAGACUUGUCAGAUCCUGUACGUUCCCACAAGGAUCUUGAUAAAGAUGCGGCACCCUUUUUCCAAAAAGCAGUAAAAUUUUAUGAUAAUUUAGGAAAACAGCUUGUUAACCAGGGCCAUGUUUUGGACCUCUAUGCAUCAGCACUUGAUCAGGUUGGAGUGGCAGAGAUGAAGGUUGCUGUGGAAAAAACUGGUGGUCUCGUUGUGUUAUCAGAGAGUUUUGGUCAUUCUGUGUUCAAAGAUUCCUUCAAGCGCCUGUUUGAGGGAGGAGAAAAGUCACUUGGUUUGUGCUUUAAUGGCACAUUUGAGGUCUAUUGUUCUAAGGAUAUUAAAAUUCAAGGCGUUAUUGGACCUUGCACAUCUCUAGAAAAGAAAGGAGUUGCAGUUGCUGAUACAGUCAUUGGACAGGGCAAUACAGUGGCAUGGAAGUUGUGUAGUCUCGAUAAAAAUACUAAUUUGACUGUCUUCUUUGAUAUUUCAUCUGGUGAACGAGCAAAUCCUCCAGGAUCACAAUUGUAUUUGCAGUUUUUGACCAGCUAUCAAAGUCCAGAUGGUCAAUCAAUGCUUCGGAUAACAACUGUCUGCAGAAACUGGGUUGAAAGCGUUGUUGUUUCAGAGGAACUUGUACAAGGCUUUGAUCAAGAAACGGCUGCUGUGGUAAUGGCUAGAUUAUGUUCUCAUAAGAUGGAAAUGGAGGAAGGAUUUGAUGCUACGCGAUGGCUGGAUCGGAAUUUAAUUCGCCUUUGCUCCAAAUUUGGCGACUACCGGAAAGAUGAUCCAUCAUCAUUUACAUUAAAUCCUUGCUUUUCCUUGUUUCCCCAGUUUAUGUUUAACCUUAGACGGUCACAGUUUGUGCAGGUUUUUAACAAUAGUCCUGAUGAAACUGCUUAUUUCCGCAUGUUGCUGAACCGUGAGAACAUUACUAAUGCAGCUGUGAUGAUCCAGCCAUCCCUUAUAUCUUACUCCUUCAAUGCUCCGCCAACUCCAGCAUUGUUAGACGUGGCAUCCAUUGCCGCUGAUCGCAUACUUUUGUUGGAUGCCUAUUUUAGUGUGGUUAUAUUCCAUGGAAUGACUAUUGCUCAAUGGCGUAACAUGGGCUAUCAGAAUCAACCUGAGCACCAGGCCUUCAAAGAAUUAUUAGAAGCUCCGAAUCAGGAUGCCCAGUUAAUCAUCCAUGAUCGUUUCCCUGUCCCCAGAUUGGUUGUUUGUGAUCAACAUGGUUCUCAGGCUAGAUUUCUAUUGGCAAAGCUGAACCCAUCAGCAACGUACAACAACGUCAAUGAAAUGGCAGCUGUCUCUGAUGUAAUUUUCACAGAUGAUGUCAGUUUACAAGUGUUCUUCGAGCAUCUUCAAAGAUUGGCGGUGCAAUCUUGAUGACAGGACCGUUAUACAAGUGUAGAGUCGUGAGUUUCUCUGGGUUCUAAGAAUGCCUUUCUACUAUUCCCCUCAGGUAAAGAUAACUGUGGACAUACAUAAUUCUUUUUAUCUUUUGAGGGGCUAAUUGCUAGGCAUUUAGACGGUUGUGACAUAAAAAACAAGAGAUCCCAUCUGAAUUUAUAAGUUAUACAGAAAGUACGCUCAAUCAAUACCGUGAGAAUAUCAGUUUGAGGCUGCUGAUUUUAGUCGGAAUAUAUUUACCCUCCUCUUUUGUAAUCAUCACAGGCUAAGAGUAUGUUUCUUAAAAAUCUUUUUUGUUUUUUCUAAUUUUGUUAUGUUGAAUUGUUCGCCAUUUCUGUAGUGUUUUUGGUAGCUUAGGAACUGUUCUUGUGUCUAUCUCACUUUCAUCCGAAUGGAUUCGAAAUUGUAGAAUAUACUUUUUGGUUUGAAUUGUUGGGACAUAUUUCCAUAAUAUUUGGUACAGUGAGAACUAGGAUGGUUUUCUUCAAGUCUAAAGAAUUUGUAUAUUUGGCAUUAUUUUUGCUAAUUUGCUUUAAAUGUUUUGCAAAUUUGCCAUUCUUUUAUCUUGGUCAUAUAGAAUAGCCAUAUAGGAAGUGCUAAUUAGUACUCCUAAUUAUCAAUAAGUGGAAGUGUAAGAAAUUGUAAUUCCUAGGAAUUUAGGCUUUCUAUGGUUUUUGUUUAUUUGAAAAAUUAAAUUAUUAACUUUAUAGGAAUUUUAAAUUCUUAUGUGUAAAUAAACGACACCUAA